CGAGCCCCGUCGCUCGCGCAUCAUUUUCUUUAUUAGCCGCAUUUCUUUCAUUCAGAAAAGCUUAUCUAAUCGGCUUAAGGCGCGCGCUAUAUUAGGCACUGGAAUGCGACUCAAAGCUCACAUCCCACUUCUUUAUUUUUGGUCUGAUAAAUAAAUCUCAUCAGAAACCUCUGGUGAUGUUUCUAGUGCAUCUCUUUCUGCUGCUGUUGGAGCCGAGCCUGUGGCGGCUGAUCACAGGCAGCCCUACCGACGAUAACACACUCCGGAGCGGCCAUGGAGAGCAGGGAGAGCCGGGACACAACGAGCAUCACAAGGAUUCCUACAGCACUUUCGCUUCGGAAUUUUUGGAGUCUAGAUACCUUUCAGACGAAGGUUAUCCCUUCCCAACUGCACCUCCUGUUGACCCCUUUGCCCGCAUCAAAGUCAGCGACUGUGGAGUAACAAAAGGCUGUAUAAGGUAUGGAAAGCCGGGCUGCGAUGCAGAAACAUGUGACUAUUUCCUAAGUUACAGACGCAUCGGUACAGAUGUUGAGUUCGAGAUGAGUGCAGACACAGACGGCUGGGUUGCUGUUGGAUUUUCCUCUGACAAGAAAAUGGGAGGUGAUGAUGUCAUGGGCUGCGUUCAUGAUGAUAACGGGCGAGUGAGAAUCCAUCAUUUCUAUAACGUGGGCCAGUGGGCUAAAGAGAUCAGGCGAAACCCAGCACGGGAUGAGGAGGGCCUCUUCGAGAACAAUCGGGUGACUUGCCGCUUCAAGCGUCCGCUUCACGUGCCCCGUGAGGAAACACUGGUGGACCUGCAUCUCAGCUGGUACUACCUGUUUGCCUGGGGACCUGCUAUACAAGGUUCCAUAACCAGGCAUGACAUCGACACUCCACCAGUGUCUGAUCACAUGAUCAGCAUUUAUAAAUAUGAGGACAUUUUCAUGCCUGCUACAGCCUACCAGACAUUUUCCUCUCCGUUCUGCCUCCUGCUCAUCGUGGCCCUCACCUUCUACCUGCUGAUGGGAAGCCCAUAACCAGGACAACAUAUUAGUUGGAAGCAUGAAAGCAUUCACCAUGAAACGAAUUAUUACGACAGCAUUAGAGACAAGCAGCAAUAAAACAGUGUCAGAGAAUAAUCAGAAUACAAAACCAGCUGUAUAUUGAAAUAGGAAUAUCUAAUCUUCUGCAGCAAGCUAGAUUUAUGCAGUACAGAGACAGUUCUAGGAAGAAGGCUGUAUUACUAUAGAGCAUGUUAUUAAUCAAGCUCAGACGCCAUAUAGAUGAAAUGCCUUAGCAUCUCCAGUACCGCUCAUAUGUUCUUCACGGCUUGUUCAAAUCAAGUGCCAAAUACAUGCAAGUGCCAGUUUGUUCACAGUUGCAUCACACCCUAAGGGACAUUUUGCUUGCAGUAUCGUUAGGAGGCGCUGCGGUAAAUCAUCAUCUCUGCAACACUUGACACAAUCAGAAGCAGCUACUCUACAUUAUCACAGUAUAAUAUCUGAGUAACCCACUGAACGUCUCGAAAAUAUUAUAUUAUAGUGUGACUGUGAAGCAAUGUCUGUUAUCUGUUGAAGAUUUCUAACAACUUUAAGCCCACAUUAUGGCACUAUCUAACCGAAACGCUCCAGCAUUGCAGCAGUAGUAUGAGCAGCUCUGAACUAGCUGAAGCAUGCCAGAGCCAUUUCACAAAAGCCAGUUUCCACUAGAGUGUCUAUUUUUUAUGUGUUAUGUUCGGAGCAGUAUUUAUAUUCCACAUAAAUUGUAGAAAACCUGUUUUGCAAUGACUAUGUGUUAUUAAUAACUCAUAAUUAAACUGUGUAGCGUUCUGUCUGGCUGUGAGUCCUCCGUGUUAUGGACUAAAUUGGAUUAAGUGUGGAAUUAAAGUCAUUACCUCACCA